UCUGUUGUCCUAUAAAUGAAAUCCGUAUCAAUGAACUCAGAACCGACAGCAUCUACUUCCUACGAAGAUGGAGUACUGGAUGGCGAGCAACGAGACCGGCCACUAUGGCAGAGAAGAGACAAUCCAGGGGAUCCUACGAAAUCCAGGAUCAGCGGUUCUCUUCGCUGACUAUCCACGAUGGCUUUUGUAUUUUGCCGCCGGAUGCUGUAUACUGUUCAUGAUCGUCGGCAUCCCGGGGAAUCUCUUUACCAUCGUUGCUCUUUUGCGAACCAGAAAGUUAAGAAACGCGACUGCGAUCUUCAUAAUGAAUCUCUCAGUCUCGGAUCUGAUGUUCUGCUGCUUCAAUCUUCCGCUCGCUACGUCAACUUUUUGGUACGGUUCCUGGCAUCACGGAUCACUCUUGUGCAGACUGUUUCCUUUGUUGAGAUACGGUUUGGUAGCAGUGAGUCUCUUCUCGGUACUGGCAAUUACGAUUAAUCGUUACGUUAUGAUCGGCCACCCCAGAUUUUAUCCUACAUUAUACAAACCAAAGUACUUAAUACCGAUGGUUCUGAGCACAUGGAUCAUAGCUUUUGGAGUCCUCAUCGUCACUUGGUUCGAAAGUUGGGGUCGCUUUGGAUUGGACGUCGCUAUCGGUUCUUGUUCAAUUCUCCCGGAUAUAAAUGGCCGAAGCCCGAAGGAGUUCCUCUUCAUCGUUGCAUUUUUAAUACCCUGCAUCGCGAUCGUCGUUUGCUACGCGAGAAUCUUCUACAUCGUUCGAAGAACAGCCUUCAGAAGGAGGAAAAAGAACACGGUUGUAAAUAGGGACGCCGCUGAAAUUCAUCCUGAGCGACGAUCAGCCUCGCUUAAAAACGAAGAGGAAGAACUGUCUAUCUUAGACUCGAGCUGCGCAGCGAGUGUCCUCUGCACGAACUUCACUUCGAAAUGCGUCAUCACUCCUCCAGAUCGACUCAGCUCUUCGCAAACCCCUUCAAGACUGGCGACCGAGGAAUCCUCUUCAGAGCAGUCCUGUUGGAAACAAAACUCAGUCAGAGAAGACGACGAAGAAGAAGAUGAAGAAGAAGAAGAAGAACAAGAGGAGGAAGAAGAAGAAGAAGUACUAGAGAAAAACCGAAACGAAGAGGAAAAGAAGGAGAACUCCAAAGAAGAAGAAGCAGUCGGCAAAUCCAUCCACGACACGUCGAGUCCAAAAAUUGUCCAGAUUUGCGAUAACGAAGCGAAGUCUAGUCUAGAGAUAAAAAUCGACGACAUACCGUACGUAGAUGAUCUAGAGGCGAACAGCGAUCGGAUGACGAUGAAAGAAUCACUCGAAAGAAAAAGUUCCACGAACGCUCGAAACAAGUUGGAAACGAUAGCCAGUCGAGCUUCGUUCAUCAUCGAUUCAGGUCUCUGGGUCCACAGAUUGAACUCGAAGGCGUCCACUUGCAGCGAUCGAUUCAACACUUCCAGAUCGAACACUCCUGAACAGCCGAUCGACACGAAAGCCAGCAUGGUUCGCAGGGAAUCGAAAUUCAAGAGCGUGAAAAGACUCAAAAAUCCUGACUCAGGCCUGCCGAGGAUGAGCAACAAGGACAAGAAGCUGUUGAAGAUGAUCUUGGUUAUAUUCUCCUCCUUUCUCAUUUGCUACUUACCGAUCACCGUCAUCAAGACGUUCAAGGAUGCCAUCGAUUGGAGAGGAUUGAAUAUCGCCGGAUACAUCUUGAUCUAUUUGACCACCUGUAUAAAUCCUGUGGUUUAUGUGGUGAUGAGUUCUGAGUACAGAAGUGCGUAUAAAAACGUGUUGCUUUGCAGAAGCGAUUCUGGUGUGAAAAGGGAGACCAGGUUGAGGAAGAAUCAAUCUUGA